GCCACAUCUGUCUUUCUCCUCCUCUCUUUUACUGUCAGUUCAGGUUCGCCCAUCUUCGUGUGUACAUCAAGAUUUAUUUUCUUUCUGAUGCUUCAGGAUGAACACAACAGCGUCCCACAACGAUUCUAAUGUCAGUGGAGUCAAAAGCAGGCCGAAUAACACAGUCUCCCGACAUGAUUGGUUACUCUACACAGUUCCUGCGUCAGCGUUUCUGAUUGGGAUCGUUCUGUUCACAUACAUCUGCAAAACACAGCAACGCAGGAACAUGCCCACGAAGCAGAGGACAAAAACAAAUGGACACUUUGCAAAGUACACCGAUUUUGGGUACAUUGAGAGCGGUACUCAAAAGCACACAGAGAGCGCUGAAAACAACAAGAAGGAUGAGACGCAGUCUUAUGAGAAUGUAGAUGCAGCUAUCUACAGCAAUCAAGAUAAAGUCACGUACUAUGUUUCUGCAGAUGAAGAUUAUCUUAACCCAGAUGCAGUCGGGCAAGAGGAAGUGGCGGGGCCAAAGGAACAUCACAACACAAUACAACUGCCUAGCAAUUUGACAGAUAUUGAUGGAGAGUCAUAUGAGAACAUGGAGGAGUGUUUAUAUGCUCAACCUCGCAAGCAGACACAGAAAGUCCGACACGACACUGAAGACGAGGAUUACAUUAAUCCUGAUGGAGAUGGAAAACGAGAUCUGGCUCCGGACCACACAGACACUGAGUCGUAUGAAAUGAUGUCCGGGCCAGACUAUCUGUACAACAACACAGACUUCACAGCAACUAAUGACACCACUGAGGAUGAUUCAUACGAGCAGAUGAACGAAAUCCCAGCCUCGUUCCAGACAAAGAUGAAUGGAUGAACGAAAGAGAUGCAGAGAAAUGGACAACUGCAGUCAAAUGGCAAUUAAAAGAGAGAAACUGGGUUUCUUUUUAAAACGUAAACAUUUGAGCGCAGCUAGCGUUGUAACUGUAGCCUGCACUGUACAUCUAAAACAACCAUGAACUAGAAAUCAAAACGGGCUAUUUACUUGCUUUAUAGUUUUUUCAUCACCGCAAAGAAAAAAGACACAACCCACUAAUUAUCCAAUCAAAAUACUGUAUUUCACGCGAAAUGUCAAAUGGCUGAUUUGAUUGGAGUUUAAAAAGUUAGCGCGUUUUCUCUUGUACACUUUUUUUUUUUUUUUUACUCCAAAGUCGCAAAAAUACACAAACGUACCUACGUUUGCUUUUCAGUUAUUCUAAUCAAGUUGCUUUUAACUGGUGCGAUCUUGGUGGAGGAAAAUGCAGGCUAUUCCAAAAAUGUACAUUGCGUUUAGAGAUAAACUGGUAAAUAUCACAGAAACGUCUCGGUCAUUUCAAUUUAUUACGCCAGUGUAUUAUUUCAAAAUAAUUAUUGCAAUUAUUUUAAUAGUAAACUAUGAAAUUACAUCACGGUAGUAUUUUUUUAUGCAUUUUUGUCUUGUCAUGACAUAUGUGAAUUUCACCAACUUUCCUGAGCAUUGUUUAGUUUUUUAUGGCUGUAAUAAAAUUCAAGUAAAUUUCA